AUGUACGAAGCGACAGUCUCAGCCCCAGUCAACAUAGCUUGUAUAAAGUAUUGGGGUAAACGAAAUACCAAAUUAAUCUUACCUACCAAUUCUUCUCUCUCUGUGACCUUGGAUCAAGAUCACCUGCGGUCCACUACUACUUCCAGAGCUGACGAGUCGUUCGCAAAGGGAGAUAGAUUAUGGUUGAACGGGAAAGAAGAGACUGUAAAAGAGGAUGGUAGAUUGGGUGUUUGUAUUAAGGAAUUGAGGAAUUGGAGGAAGAUUGAGGAAGAUAAGGAUUCGAGUCUACCCAGGCUCUCCCAAUGGCCUCUCCGUAUCGCCUCAUACAACAACUUCCCAACGGCAGCCGGUCUCGCCUCCUCCGCAUCAGGUCUCGCCGCCCUCGUAGCCUCCCUUGCCAAGCUCUACUCCCUCCCUCAAUCAGCCUCUCAGCUCUCCCUCAUCGCCCGUCAAGGAUCCGGUUCAGCCUGUCGAUCAUUAUUCGGUGGUUUCGUAGCUUGGCGAGAAGGUUCCGCCGAAGAUGGAUCAGACUCUUUAGCUGAAGAGGUCGCACCUCAAUCGCAUUGGCCCGAGAUGCACGCUUUGAUCUGUGUGGUGAGCGACGCAAAGAAAGGAACCUCCUCGACAUCGGGUAUGCAACGUACAGUUGAAACUUCUACUUUGCUCCAACAUCGAUUGAAGAUCGUUCCAGGCAGAAUGGAUGAUAUUUCCAAAGCUAUCCAAUCUAAAGAUUUCGCAACAUUUGGAGAGAUCACAAUGAAAGAUUCUAAUUCAUUCCAUUCGGUCUGUCUCGAUACUUCUCCACCUAUCUUCUACCUCAACGAUGUAUCCAAAUCUAUCAUUGCCGUUAUAGAGGAAUUGAACAGAUCUUCUGGAGAAAUAGUCGCUGCUUAUACGUUCGAUGCUGGACCCAACGCUGUUAUAUAUGCUUUGGAAAAGAAUAUGCCCAAAGUAUUGGGAGUCAUCAACAAGUUUUUCCCCACGUCCGAAGAAACUAGGGAUCCUUUCGACACGAAAGCCGCAGAGUUGCCAGAAGGGUUCAACGUGAAUGUCGUUAGGGAAGGAGGAUGGGAGAAGGGUGCGGUGAAAAGCUUGAUCCAUACGAGAGUGGGUGAUGGACCUAGGACUUUGGGUAAGGAGGAAAGUCUGUUGGGUGAGAACGGGGAGCCAAAGGUUUUGGCUUAG